AUACUGCCAACCGAUGUGUUCUUUCUUCUGAUACAAUGCGCACUGCUCACCGUCAACUACAUUAUUGGAUGCCAGCUAAGCUUCCGUCGUCUCUACCACAACACAUACCGUAUCUCUACACAAUCAAUACUUUUGGAUGUUUGCGGAUUAUCAAUGAUGGUGAUCACUUAUGGUGCUUACGCGCUCGAUGGAAUUGGAUUUCCAUUCUUAAAGCUCAUGGCGCAGUUGUUUCGGGGAUUUGCCCAAAUGUUUUUCAUAUUUAUGGUACUGCUGCUCGGUAGAGGUCAGAAUGUGACCAAAAUGAAGCUGUCAAAAGUUGUACAAUAUUACGCUAUUCUGUUUAGCAUCCUUCUUUAUCACGUCCUAUAUAGGAAUGCUAUUCUGGGAAAUCAAGGGCUUCGAUCCGGCACUCGUGUACUUUCAAUCCGAGUCAAUACCAGGCUAUCUAUUAGCUGGUUGGAGAAUUGUCGCCUGGGUUUUUUCACUACAAAUUCCUACCUUACUCAGAGAGCCUAUCCAGGGAAGAGAAAGUUCUACUUCACAUUUGUUACUCUUCUGACGCCGUGGUUUUGGGCCGGUCCGAUCGUCCUCUGUAUAGCUAAUUAUGUGCUAGAUAAUUGGGUACGAGAAGGUGUUAUUAAUAUUGUUGAUAAUUGCGUCAUAUCGUACGGCUACAUUGUUUUUCUGUACAUAUCGUGGCCUUCUCACGCAAAUGCCAACUUUCCCUUCCAUAUUAGAACAACGCAGAUUGACGUCAACUUCGAUCCACAGAAUGCCUAUCAAGCCAAGGAUGAGUCAGGUACUCCGAUGCCAAUGGAUCCGAUGCGUCCUCAGAUCACGACAGCUCACGAUCAACCUGUUGAACAGAUGUCAAACUGA